UUUGGCUAUUAGUCACUCACUCACAUGUGAAAAUUGGAUGAGAUCUAAGCAAGAUCUGUUUACAAAAGACUAACAUUGAUAUCAAAAUAAUAAAGCAAAAGGAAAAAAAACCUCACUUUCACGAGAUCCAAUUCCAAAAUCUUACUUUCUUCUUCCACUUUUUUAUGUAUUUAGGUACUAAAAUAGAACCCUAAAAACACUAGCUAGCUUCCCCCUUUCUCUCUCUCCAAUUCUCUCUCAAUCAAGAAAUAGCAUGAUGAAAAUCUUGAGUAGGGUUCUGGAGUAUUUUUUGAGAGAAGCCCACUCAUAAAAAUGAAAUCUUUUCCACUCCCACAUAAUAAAAAUGAAAUCUUUUUCACUCCCAAAUAUGUUUGAGAUUUCAACAAUCUGCAAUUCCAAAUUUUCUUGUGUGUUUACUAUCUAUAUUUUGUCACAAAUCACCAGCCCUGAACAGGAGGAAAUAUAGCCAAAAAAAGAGAAGAAAAUGGCAUCCUCCUCCACAACCUCGCCGUGCGCGGCGUGCAAGUUCCUCCGGCGAAAAUGCCUCCCCGAGUGCGUCUUCGCGCCCUACUUCCCGCCCGACCAGCCGCAGAAAUUCGCCAACGUGCACAAGGUCUUCGGCGCCAGCAACGUGACCAAGCUUCUCAACGAGCUCCAGCCCCACCAGCGUGAAGACGCCGUGAACUCCCUCGCGUACGAGGCCGACAUGCGCCUCCGUGACCCCGUCUACGGCUGCGUCGGCGUCAUCUCCCUCCUCCAGCACCAGCUCCGCCAGCUCCAGAUGGACCUCAGCUGCGCCAAAUCCGAGCUCUCCAAAUACCAGAAUCUCGGCCUCCUCCACCACCACCACCACCAGGGGACGAUCAACCUCGCCCACGACCGCCACCACUUCCACCACCAGCUCUUUCCGGUCACCAACCAGCAGAUGAUCAGGGCCUUUGACGGCGGGAGCGGCUACGAUGCCAGCAGCCUGCUCGCCAUGAACAUGUCCGCCAGCAUCGGGCAGCUUGGGGGGUUUCCGCAGUCGAGGGCGGCCGGGACUGCGGCCGAUGGGAGGCGCACGCCGGUGGAGCCGUCUUGAAUUUAAUUAAUUAGGGUUUGGAUCAUGUUUUUUUUUUUGUUGAGGAUUUUAUGAGAGAGGGAUGUUAGUUAUAUUAUUAUUAUUAUUAUUAUUAUUAUUAUUAAUAUAGAGGUAAAGGAAAUCACAUGACCUAAGUUUUAUUAUUAUUUUUAUUAAUUGUUGCUGUUUUUUUGU